AUGGAUAAUCUUCACUUGAGUGUCAUAGCUGUGGUCCUUUACUUUAAUCUUCCCGGAUCAGUGGGAACCAAGUCACAGCGGAUUCUUCUGGAUACACCUCACCAUUCAGACUGCCGGUGGGAUGGGGAGUUCUUACUGAAUUGUUCUUUUACCGGAAUAUCUGCUAUUCCAGAAGAUAUAUCACAGACAGCAAUAACGGCUGACUUUAGUUACAAUAACAUUAAAACUUUUCUGUGCGCUGAUGGAAGAAGUGAAGAAUGGAUGCUAAACCACCUGAAUCUCAGUAACAACCUGAUUUCCGAACUCUCCUUAACUACUUUUAGAAAUUUACCCCUUUUAGAAACUCUAAACCUCGACAGUAAUGCCAUCCACACCCUCACGCUGGACAUACCUACGCCUGCGCUUGGGUCUAAAAAGUAUGGAAAAGGCUGUCAUCUCCUGCCUGCUUUGAAAGUAUUGUCAGUUGAAAGAAAUAAUCUUACUACAGUUCCAAGAGGACUAGGCCUGCUGCAAUCUUUACAAACUGUCCAUUUGUCAUCCAAUGGCAUACGACAGAUUGAUCUGAAUGAUUUUCAAAACUGUUCACAGCUGAAGGACAUCAACUUGCAAAACAACAAGAUAACUAAAAUUCAUCCAGACGCCUUCAGGGAUCUCAACAAAUUACAGGUCGUGGAUCUCCGUCAAAAUGCUCUGACAACCCCUUUACCACAGAUAUUAAUGAGUUUGAACUUCUUUCAACUUGAAGUGGGUAAUGGAGUCUCUUGGUGGACACCUAAAGGCAGAAUUUCAGAAGACAACAGCCUUCCUCAUAUGACACUGGAUAAAAUGAAUAAUUUAGUGCUAUACAAUGCUGAGAAAACUGCUGAAGGGUUAUAUCUGUGUAUUUUUAAUACACCAAAGGAGAAAUAUCUCAUCUACGAUAUACAGAUGAAAGAAAAGGUUUCAACGUUUUCGGUUAGAAAAGCCCGGGACACUAACACUGUUUUUAGACAAGGAAGAACAGAGCAAGACCUCGCAUUGGCUGUCUGCCUCUCAGUGUUCAUUACGUUUGUUUGUGCUUUUUGUCUGGGUGCUUUUGCUAGACCCUACCUUGUGAGCCUGUGGAGACUCAUGCGCAGGAACAAAAAUUCAGGUUCAGAACAUACUUAUUCUAAUCAAGCUUUUUCAGAUGAAACCUUGAGCAGAGAGUGCUCUGCAAGCAAACCAACAAAUACGCAGUGUAAUUUGUUCAUUUUUGAUGAGAAUUCUUCAAGAAACACACACGUUUUUCCUACAGAAACUUCUUCUUUGCAUGAAAAUGUCAUUGGUAGCAGUGUACAUGCACCAAAUACCGAAGAAGAGUACCAGAAACAAAGCAAUAAUGAGAUCGUGAGGAAAAAAACAGUGUUUUCAGACAUCAAACCUAGUAUCAACAGUGAUGAAAAUAUAAAUGUUGAUAACGGACAAUUUUCUGUAAGGAUAGAUUACAAGAACAGCAAUGAAGUAACGCCAAGAAAAUUAAUGAGUAAUAACAUUUCAUUACGGAAAGAUUCAAAAUAUGCAAAUAAUGAAGACUCAGAGAAGAGAAGGUUCCCUCCCAUGCCCAGGAGAUUGAAUGCUGCCUCUUAUUCAAAUCACACUGACUCUUCAGAUUCGGAUUCAUCCUUCACGGGAGAAACUGGCUUUCCAUUUUCCACAAUACAAACACCUACAGCUGCACGAGAUUCUAGGAACAGCAAGGUAAGCAACAACUCUGGUCUGCCGCAGUCUGAAAUCACAAAGGCUACACCAGAUUCUCCUGAAAGAAAAGGUAUCGUUUCACAUAAUGAACCCAUGAGCACUACAAAAUUUAUGCCUGGAAGGCAAAGCUGUGAUGAACAACUUGGUUUAAACGGCAACAUGAAUAUAACCAGUGAUGUGGGAGAUUUUAUUUUACCCAGUAGCUGCAAGAGAGGUACAAAUAUUGAGAAUUUAAGUGUGUGCCAAACAAUAGAAAACUCUCCUCUUACAGAGUACGACUAUAAAACGGAAUGUACAAAUGAAAAAGAUGCUUCAGCAGAUAUAUUUGGCGAUAGUUCUUCAGAUGACGGGACUCCAUUCACAAUGAGUGACUGUAGUUCUUUAGCAGACUUUGAACUGGAACAACCUGAUGUUAGUGACAACCUGCCAGUCUGUCAGUCAUCACUAGAGGAAGCCGAUAUGAACAGCGGAACUGAGAAGUUCUCAACACUGCCAGAGUCUCCAAACAUUGCUGCUGAACUUUGGCACAUUGGGGAAAAGGAAGACAAGAACAAUGCGUAUUUUGAAACCACUACUAAUUAUGGAUCAGAUACCAUCGUGCCUGAAACAGCAUCACCUUACACUGAUAAGUGUAGUGACCAUGUAAACAUUAGUUCUUCAAGUCAAGAAGUUCCCGAGACACUUGAUUAUUUUACUAAUGCAGAGUCAACAGUACAAGACUCUAUUUCUGAUUCUCUCCACAACCAAAGUACAGAUUUUGGUAAUAUGUUACUUUCAUUAAAACAUUCUCCCACGUAUGACACAGAUACAGAGAACACUCCUGAAGAGGCUGAAUUGCCGCUGUAUCAGUUUCCCAUUGAAUCACAGCAUUCCCCCAGCUCCAGUCCCACUGAACAAAAAGAAAAUGCACCAGAGGGAAGUACAGACGAGCACAUAGACAGGAACUCCUUUGAAAAGAAUCAUCGUGAAGGGGAUAUUACAUUAAGAAGAAACACGAGUACAUCUGAGGACAACGAUUUUAUUUUUGCUCCCAUUGAUAUUGGUUUGAAUGAAAUUGUUCAAACGUCAUCACUACUGCAUUCCAGCAACGAAUCAUCUCUUCAAUCUCUGCCUGAACACACAGCUGAAAAACAUUUUACAGUUAUUACAGAGAAAGACGACUUGCUACCACAGGGGAAGCAGGUGAACACAACUAAGGCUUGUGCAGAUAAAAUGCAAAGAGGUUUUAAUGAGAAAGACUGUGAUGGAUAUACAGAAUUACAGGAUACCAGCAACCAUAGUCUGCCCGAAGAAACGCAGUCUUGCAAUCUUACAGCAGAUUUGCUGCAUCUUCACUCUUCUGGGAAAACACAAUCAGUCUUCAACACAGAAAAUCAUUUCCAGCUGGAUCAGAGUGACGAGGAUGCAUAUUCCUUCUCAGUCCCACAAGGCUUCUCCAGUGAAAGCACACAGUACAGUUCAUGUUCAUUCCCACAAAAGACUACAGGAAAUACAAUCUCCGAAAGCACUGAUUCCAGCAAGACGGAGGAUGACACUACUUUGACAGGACUGGAGAACAAUUCUACAACAGCUGUCAACCUCCAAAAUUCAAGUGAAAAACAUCAAAAAAGUCGCACCAAUUUAGGACAGGGCCAGUUUUUUGUUAAGAAGAAAAGAGCAUUUGAUGGAUUUGCUAAUGUUUUGCAAAGCAGGAGAACAAACUUCAAUAGUUGA